AGUGUGAGACCACAGAUGGAUCCUCAAUGUAAUGAAAUCAAUAAAACAGAGGGCCGUGAUCCAGCAUCCGACCAUCGACCCCCUCCCGUAAAGCUGGCCCGACUGGAACAACAUGAGAUGGGGCCCUCGACUCCGGAGAGGAGCAGACAGGGGAGUCCCGUGGCCAAAAACCUCGGCCUGACCCAGAAACCCACCGCGGCAAGGCCACAAGGCAAGAGCUGGCAUACGAAAGGAAGCCUGCUACCCGUCUUCUGUGUGGUAGAGCCCAGAGAAAGUCCUUUGGAGAUGGAAAGAAGAGAAGAACAUGCUGAGUUUGUGCUGGUCAAGAGGGAUCUGCUGUUUAAUCAGCUGAUAGAAAUGGCCCUACUGACACUGGGGUAUUCUCACAGCUCUGCAGCACAGGCUAAAGGUCUGAUCCAGGUAGGCAGGUGGAAUCCUGUGCCUCUGUCCUGUGUAACAGACGCUCCAGAUGCAACAGUUGCUGACAUGCUGCAGGAUGUUCACCACGUGGUCACCCUUAAAAUCCAGCUGCACAGCUAUCCCAAAUUAGAAGAUUUGCCAGCAGAGCAGUGGAGUCAUUCCACAGUGAGAAAUGCUCUAAAGGAGCUCCUCAAGGACAUGAACCAGAGCUCUCUGGCCAAGGAAUGUCCACUAUCACAGAGCAUGAUAUCAUCUAUUGUAAAUAGCACUUACUAUGCAAAUGUCUCAGCCGCCAAGUGUCACGAGUUUGGUCGAUGGUACAAGCACUUCAAGAGGUCCAAGUGCUUCAAGGAGAAUGACCGCUUUUCGGAGCAGCCCCCGCACAUCACCCUCACCCAGCAGCCGGUCACAAGUAACCCCCCUGAUCAGCCCUCAGCGCUUCUUUUCCCUUGCCCCGCCGUCUCCAGCAUUUGCAGCCGCUCGGCCCCCCUCGGUCUGCACGCCCCGGGUCUGGUCGCCCAGCCUCUCGGCCCCCAAAUGGUCAACCAGCAGCUGGUGAUGGCCCAGUUUCUCAACCAGCAGUACGCCGUUAGCCGCAUGCUAGCCGGCCAGGGCCUGGCCUCCUCGCCCCAGCAGUAUCUCAACCACCCCCCGGUGGGGAGAGCCCCCGCCAAGCUGUUCUCCAAAGCCCCCGAUCCGCCGCCCCUACAGCAGCAGCAGGCGCAGGGUGGACAGGGGGGACAGGGGGGACAGGGGGGAGGCCUGCAGAACCAGACGGCGGCCGGGCCUUCUUCUGUGGGACCGACCGACGUGCCAAGUGACAUUUACCAGUGUGUGAGGGAGGAGCUAAAGCGAGCGGGCAUCUCCCAGGCCAUCUUCGCCCGCGUGGCCUUUAACAGGACCCAGGGUCUCCUCUCAGAGAUCUUACGGAAGGAAGAGGAUCCGAAACAUGCCUCCCAGUCUCUGCUGGUCAACCUGCGGGCGAUGCACAGCUUCCUACAGCUGCCCGAGGCUGAGAGGGAGCGUGUGUACCAGGAGGAGAAGGAGAGGAGUCUGACCGGCUUCACACCCAGCUGCAACAACACACCACCCAGAUCAACACAGGCAAGACUCUCCCCAGUGGCAUCUGACAGAGGUUUGAAGACAGACAGCUGUGUUCUCAAUGUCAGCUCCUCCAUCUACGAGGAGAUUCAGCACGAGAUGAAAAGAGCCAAGGUGUCUCAGGCUCUGUUUGCUAAGGUUGCCGCCUCCAAGAGUCAGGGCUGGCUGUGCGAGCUCCUGCGCUGGAAGGAGGAUCCCUGCCCAGAGAACCGCACGUUGUGGGAGAACCUGAGCAUGAUCCGUCGAUUCCUCAGCCUGCCGCAAACUGAACGCGACGCAAUCUACGAGCAGGAGAGCAACAAUCUGACCGCACAGCACUGCAAUGAGAGAAUGACGCUGCUCGGCAAUGACAGCACUCUAUACCAGCGCAACUCCCCGAUGCCACAGCAACACCAUCUUCAGCCACAUCAACCUCUGCAGCCAGAGGCAGGACCUCACUUGUCUCCACGGCAACCGUGUGCCGCAUCACCAGCCGAGUCUGAAGCCGGGGCCACCUGGGGGCACUUGAGAUUACGUCUGCAGGGUAGAGGCGGUUGCAAUGAUGAAAGAGAGGAGAGUAAGGACUGGCUUGAGGGCGGAGGAGGAGACGGGGACUUUCUGGGAGGGGUCUGGGGUGGAAUUAAAAGAGUGACGGAAAAUCAUAAUAGCGAAAAUAACGAGUGGGAGAGGGAUGGAAACGUAAACAAAAAAGACACAGAGAACACGGAGGGCAGCAAAAACGGAGAGGUUACGGAGAAACCGCAUGUUGAGUGGCCUACCGUGAAGAACGAGGACAGAGGUUGUGUUGGGGUUUGCUCUAAGGCAGAUAAUGAGGCCAGAGGUGGAGAUGAGGUCCAAGGUGGUGGCUUGAGCGUGUCCAGUGAGGCUCUGGGAAUUCUGCAGAGCUUCAUCCAGGACGUGGGCCUCAACCCUGAUGAGGAGGCGGUCCACACUCUCUCUGCUCAGCUGGGCUUACCAAAACACACCAUUCGCAGUUUCUUCAAUAGCCAGUACCAACGGCAAAGCCAAGACUGCAACCGGAGCUUCGUUGUACACAAUCAUAACCUCCAGCAGGGCUGUACAGACUUAAAUCUCUCAGAAACAGACUUAGCUACACAAGAACUUGAGGUGGAAGUCAAUGGAACGACGGAAAAAGGACAAAAGCUACUGGAGAGGCAAAUAGGUCGAGACAAAACGAGCGAGAUUAUUGUUUCUAAAGAAUCACAUGUUGGCACUCAAACUAUUCCCCUAAUGAAGGAGGAGCAGGAGAGUUACAUCUAA